CUUCCCCGGCUGUCAUCUGUGGCCCCCGGCGCUCGGGCAGGGGUGGCCGUGUCUAUUGGCGGAGAGGCAGGCAGGGCGGGUCGCCACGAGCUGCUGCGGGCGAGGCUGAGCGGGUGGAGGCCGGCAGCCGGCCGGGGAGGCACAGUCUGGGCUGCUGCAUACCGGUCUGGCCAUGGCAGCGGCACCUCUGAAAGUGUGCAUCGUGGGCUCGGGGAACUGGGGUUCAGCUGUUGCAAAAAUAAUUGGUAAUAAUGUCAAGAAACUACAGAAGUUUGCCUCCACAGUCAAGAUGUGGGUCUUUGARGAAACRGUGAAUGGGAGAAAACUGACAGACAUCAUAAAUAAUGACCAUGAAAAUGUCAAAUAUCUCCCUGGACACAAGCUGCCAGAAAAUGUGGGCAUAGACGAGGGCCCCGAGGGACUGAAACUCAUUUCUGACAUCAUCCGGGAGAAGAUGGGCAUUGACAUCAGUGUGCUGAUGGGCGCCAACAUUGCCAGCGAGGUGGCUGCGGAGAAGUUCUGUGAGACCACCAUUGGCAGCAAAAUCAUGGAGAAUGGCCUUCUCUUCAAAGAACUUCUGCAAACCCCCAAUUUCCGAAUAACUGUGGUUGAUGAUGCAGACACDGUUGAACUUUGUGGUGCUCUUAAGAACAUUGUGGCCGUGGGAGCUGGGUUCUGCGAUGGCCUCCUCUGUGGAGACAACACCAAAGCCGCCGUCAUCCGCCUCGGCCUCAUGGAAAUGAUCGCUUUUGCCAGGAUCUUCUGCAAGGGCCAGGUGUCCACAGCCACCUUCCUGGAGAGCUGCGGGGUGGCCGACCUGAUAACCACCUGCUACGGAGGGCGGAACCGCAGGGUGGCAGAGGCAUUCGCCAGAACCGGGAAGACCAUUGAAGAAUUGGAGAAGGAGAUGCUGAAUGGGCAGAAGCUCCAAGGACCUCAGACUUCUGCUGAAGUAUACCGCAUCCUCAAACAGAAGGGACUCAUGGAUAAGUUUCCAUUGUUUACUGCCGUGUAUCAGAUCUAUAUUGGACCAACCUGCUCUCCACCAGAAGCCUAUGAGCAUUCUCAUUUCUCCACGUUGGACGUCACCUAG